CGCUAAUCUACGCCGACUGAUCGCGGAGCGGAAGACGCGCGUCGCUUUCUGCUUCCUAGCCUAAAUUUAAAUCGUAGUUACGUAGAUCCACGUAGAUCUUUAUUGAUCCGUAAACAUGACUAAACUGGACUAAGCGAGAAUCGCGCGUAAUGUGUAGAAACUACAGAAUGCAUGUAAAUGUAUACCGGUGUUGAAACACUUGUAAAAAAAAAAGGAAAAACAAUGAUAAAAAAAAUGCAAAGCGGCGAUACGGAUAGACAGGAAAUAAUGAAAGAACAGGAAGACCUUCAUAUUUAAAAAAAUUCAGGAAUUUCCAUUCGAUUGUGCCUACAACGCAAUUCCUGUAAAUGUUCUUCGGCGAAGGAAGGAAUCCGCUUUGUAAGAAUCGCGUAGGAUAAAAUACAGGGAGACGUAUGAUUUCUGUAUUAUUGUAGUCUUGAUAAUUAACUACGCCUUGAAGGUGCAAUUUGACUUUUGAAAGCCGCAUAAGUAUUGCACUACGCUAUGCAGAGAGCCGUCCGUUUCGUACACAGGUGUCAUUCGGUGCCAUCGUGUUAAUAAAAUAAAUAGGUUAUGAGUGUAACUGUAAUACCAGUUAACAUUGUAUAUACAAUAACACCUAAUAUAUAUAAAUUUAAAUAUUAUGUCGGACUUGGAGUUGGGAUUGAAGACAGGACGAAGGAGUUAUGAGGAAAUAUUAAAGCAGCGGCAGGAUGAAGGAUAUAAAACCGCAACGACAAACGAACAGGCUCGUGUCGAGGAGAUUGUGCUCAAGUUUUACCGAUCAUGCAGAGAAGGGGAUCCUGUUUUACUUAGGCCCAAACACAUUCAGUUCUUGAAGAAAGCAAUCACUAAUUUAAAUGACACUUACGAGUGUUUGGACUCCAGUAGACCAUGGCUAUGCUUCUGGAUAUUGCAUUCACUUGCGAUAUUAGGAGAACGAUUGGAAAGUGAGGAGUGUUCCCAGAUAGCUGGCUUUCUGGCCAAAUGUCAAUCAUCGACAGGUGGUUUCGGCGGAGGCCCAGGACAAUAUCCACAUUUAGCAUCUACAUAUGCAGCAGUGAACGCAUUAUGCACUAUUGGUACACAAGAAGCAUACGAUGUGAUAGAUAGAAAGAACUUGAAACGGUUCCUAGCGUCCUUGCGCGGAGAGGAUGGUUCUUUCUGUAUGCAUGAAAACGGCGAGGUAGACAUACGUGGGGCAUAUUGUGCUCUUGCUGCCGCCAAGUUGACAAACGUGUACACGCCGGAUAUGUUCAAGGGUACCGCCGAAUGGAUAGCCAAAUGUCAAACAUGGGAGGGUGGUUUCGGCGGUUGUCCGGGAAUGGAGGCUCACGGUGGAUAUGCAUAUUGCGCUUUGGCAGCUCUCGUAAUGCUCGGAAAAACGGAGCUUUGUCAUUUACCGAAGUUGUUGAGGUGGAUUGUAAAUAAGCAGAUGCGUUUGGAAGGCGGUUUCCAAGGACGUACGAACAAAUUGGUAGACGGGUGCUAUUCUUUCUGGCAAGGUGGGACGUUCCCAUUGAUCGCCGCUAUUUUGUCAACGCAGGUAAAGGGGUUUAACAAUUCCGACCAUUGGCUGUUCAACCAAGAGGCCUUACAAGAGUAUAUAUUAACUUGCUGUCAGAAUCCGCAUGGCGGUUUUUUCUCUUCUUUUCUUAGAAAUCGUGACAUAUACCACACAUGUUAUGUUCUUAGUGGAUUAUCGAUUGCGCAAAACUCACCAAUAAAAUCGAUUAUCGGAAGAAGGCUCACGAAUAAGGUAGAAGUGAUCCAUCCCGUUUACAACGUGGAAUACUCCGCCGCGAAAAAGGCGCAGGAGUAUUUUCCUACUUUACCGAUACCAGCCGAUUGAUUCGUCUUAGUUAUUUAAAAUAUAUCUAAUCAUGUUUGUAUGUUUUUCCUAAAAAGAGAAGAUAAGAAAAAAUAUCUUAAAAAAAGAUGAAGUUUAUCUCAAACUGACCAAUGAUGCGCGCGUAAAAAGUUGUUUGUAUAUGAGAAUCCAUACUUGUGAUAUAUAAAAAAAAGAGAACUUUAUAAAAACCACGUUAAUCGAUCUUGAUGCACAUUAUUGGAUAUUGAAAAUUAAAAGGUCGCAUUUUCCCUAUCUUAGUUUUAUCUUAUGUUAAUAAAGUUUAUGAAGAAAA